UGAAAGGGUUAAAGACAUUAAAUGGGCGGGUCUCGCUGUGUUUGACUGACAGGGCUCGCUUUAAUCUCCACAAUAGUAGAAAGUAGGGGGCGGGACAUAUGUAAAAACAAAAGGUGUGCCUCAAGUCAAAAUGACCAAAUGAGGAGUCCACCCCGAGACGGGCGGCUGACGUCACGCUCGGAGGGCGGGGUCGUGUCGGUAGACUGGCACAUCAUCAUCAUGCAGGAUACAUUGUUGCGGCUGCAAUGAUGUACGAGAACGAAUAAGAAGAGGCGCUGCAGGUACGGCGAGAGAUUAUUUGGUUUCACACGUACCCCUAUAAAACCCGUUUCUCCCAUUAUGUCGGGCGGGGAUCUUCGCGUUCUUCGCCAAGAGCCAGGGCAGGAGAGCCCGAGGAUGCCGGCCUGGAAACGAGAGAUCCUUGAGCGGAGAAAGGCGAAGGGCGGUGGGUCCGGAGCAGGUGCCGAGUCCGUCGCAUCUCGUCUUAACGGCGAGGUAACGGCCAGCAAAAGCAAGGAUGAUAUCAGCGGCGCACAUUCGAGCAGGAACUAUACCAUUACCGCUGCCAAGCGCGCGACCAAAAGCCCGGAUCUGUCACCGGUGAAAACAAAAGAGCACUGGCCAUCCGCGGACCCGAGCCGUACGGAGGAGAGAACGGCGAGAGACAACGGAGCGCAGGAGAGCCUGGUGUUGCAAGAGAGCUUGGGUCCGCUGCAGGAAAACCCGUUCAUUAAACUGGAAAAAGAACGCAAGAAGCGUCAGAGCCAAGAGAACGCCGCGCGACCGGUGCAGCACAUCCUCGAGUUGUACGGCGGCGUUCCCGGGAUACGGACUAUACGCGCUGAAAAUAUCAUCAUAAUUGAAUCCGACCCGGAGUACUUCUCGGAAGGAUGCGGUUUGAAGCAUGCGUCGAUACUGCAGCAGAACGGCACGGUGAGCGGAUACAGCUCUCUCAAUGACCUGUUAGACCGGAGAGGUAGUCCGGUUACGGAGAUACGCGCGAAGGAAGUGGUCAUCUACGAUACUGCGCUUAGUAAAAGCGAGGAGAACCUCAGCACGCUGGGACGACCUGCGUCCGCCCCGCUAGAGGGGCAAGGAAGGGUGAGUCGCAUGUUACAGAAAUUUGACAGGAAUUACGGCAAGUUGCAGGCCAAGUCACGCAGCACAGAAAACCUCCUGGACUUGGACUCGAGUCCUAUCAGGCCAAGCUCCAGACCCAAGCCAGAUGCGGUGCCAAAAUGUCCGGUGUCCCCGCAAGCCGGCUCUCCACACAGCAAGGUCUUCCAAAACGUCCAGUCUUCCAUGAGCAACCAUCACGCCUCUCCUAGUGACUCGGGGAGUAGUACACCCGCUUCUGGCUCCCCUCAGCUGGUGUCUUCCACGCGUAGACGUUUCGAGGGGAGCGGAGGACGAAGUGUCACUGUGUAUCCCAAGGAGGACACUGAGAGGUCUCCGUCCAAGCCUGUUAGGGAACGGGACUGGGAUAGCACAGACGGGGCCUCUAAAGCCAAGGUGCCAUGCUCUCCGGAGAGCCACCGUGUCCGUGCCGACUUCAUUCCUAGCCCCACAUCACCACCCUUAUCGCCCAGCUUUGAGAUCCGCCCGUCUCCUCGCCCAGAUCUUUCUCUCCUUCCGCCUGGGGAUCUACAGGCCCGUGCACUCGCCAACUUGCGACUCCAGUCUCGCAAUUCAUUUACCGUUAUUCCCAAGAGUCGUGCGGCCAUCUCAUCACCCGGCAGCACCGCCCCGUCCAGCCCUGUCCUUUCCCCUCCGUCCCCACGACCCCUGGUGGGUGUGGCAGCCUCAGAGCCCGCAGUGCCAACCCCCUCGCCCGCUUCAUUCAUACCCUGCACACCAAAGCUUACGGAAAAGGUGACCAUAGAAGCCAAAACAGGGUCUCCGCAACAUACCCCACCUGCCACACCCACUUCUCCAGCCCCACCUUCUCUGCCCUCAAUUGGCUCACCCGUCAAACCAGCCCCAUCUCCAGAAGAGCCUCCGGUUGAUAAGUUGCCUAUCACGAACAUUGAUGACAUAGUUGUGGAGCCCACGCCACCUGUCCUGAGCCCUGCGGUGCAGAGGCGCAAAGGAAAUACGUUUACAGUUGUUCCCAAACGGAGGCCCGAGGCCCAGUCUGGCCCAGCUGAGACCCCAGAAGUCGUCAGUGAAUCUCAGAGCACACCACAGGCCCCUUAUGCCCAUCUGGGGACCCUGAUUAAAAAGCGUUACCCUGCUGCAGAGGAGAUAGAGGUCAUUGGGGGCUACCUCUCGCUCGGGCGAUCCUGUCUCUCGAAAACUGGCUCAACAGGAAAAAAGCUGAACAUAUCCUUCAACGAGUCCAGCCUGCAGAGCACUUUCGAAUACCCGUCUGAGAGCAGCGUGUGGGACAGCGGAGAGGACGAAGAAGAGGGAGAAGAAAAGGGAGGAGAAGAUGACGGAGGGCUCGUCGCAGGGAGGAUAAGCAUUCCUCGUGCCAGCUACACAAGCUCACCCACUCACUCCAACAACACCACGGAUCUUUCCAGUUACACACCCAAACACUCUGUUGAGUUUAAUGCAUGGCAAGAACACAAGCUUGAUGAAUCUGGUCAGCAGGGGGAGGAUACUUCACAAAGUGCAGAAGAGGUCAUGCUGACACCCGCUGAUAGCUCCUCUCUGUCAGACUUCAGCAGCGAACCAGCGCUCUACUUCUAAAGCUUCCAGAUAUCUGGAAUAUAUCCGGGACCAACCGUUGCCAGCCAGCACCAGUCUGGACGCAGAGAAACAACUUCCAGAACAGUGGGACCAGUAGCAAGCAGCACGGAAACACCGUCAUGGUGAACAGCGGGACCGUCCUCACUGCUGAUCCACACAGCGGACGCGUCACUCACGUUUAACCUCCUGUUGCCACCGAUUGUGAUCGUGACGGACAUGGAAAACAGCUCAAACGGCCUUUCGGCUCCUGAAUUCCACUCUUCCAUCGCGUACUUGCUCUGCGUGUGUAAUCCUCGCCUCAUGAAAGUGACCAAAUUUCUAAAAGAGAGAAAGACAAGAGACUUUUCUUAAAACCGAGAAGGAGACUUGGGAGUGUGUGUGUGUGUAACGGGACGAUGUUAGGGUGAAGCAACAAAAAAUGAAACAUGUGACUUAUGUAUGACUGGUGAAAGGGUGCCACAAUCGUGUUCUUUGUGAUGUUUUUUUGUAUGUGCAUGUGUAGGUCUGUAUCGACAUGACUCCCAAACUCUAGAAGUCAAGGUAAGGUUCAUUCAAGGUAAGCGUUUCGAAUGCGCAUACCGAUAUACACAGCGGGUUAGUGCUGACUUAGUGAUCCUAGAUCUGUUUUAAAGAGCAGUUUUUAAUUGGCUUUUCUUUUUUUUAUGGUAAUAGAAUUUAUUAAUCACUCAUAAUUUUAGCCAUGAUUCGGAUCACAAAUGCAAGUCAGUCUUGUGAAGACAUGCCCAGGUUAUAUUUCACCUCCUAAAUACAACAAAGUCAGUUUUUAGGACUACUAUUGUGAUGUACAUCUUAGUGACAUUUACACUUCUCAUAUUUUCUCUCAUAUGUUCUCGUUAUAAUAAUCUAGUGCUUUUACAUGAAAAAAAACAUCGUAAUACAGCUUUCAUUUAAUGAUCCCUAAAAUACUGCUUAAGCAAAACGUAACGUAUGCAUUUAUUUGUUCCCUCGCGGUUGGAGUGAAAUAUGACCCGGGCAGGCUUUGUGAGAUUUAUGCUGUCAAUAUUCCUAGUUGAGUUAACGUUUUGAGCUGGACGUUCUUGCAGUACGUAUGGGGAGUGGAAACAUUAGUUUGUGGGUUUGUGAGUGGGCACGCUGUAUGUAUGGGCCACGCGUGCGUGUGUGUGUGUGUGUGUGUGUGAAACACCAAGACUACAUACACACCACGCCAACUGACUUGAGUGUGUCAUAUCUGUUAAAUGACGUGUCUCCUCAGCCUCUCCGACCAGUAUUGAUGUAUAGUUUGUAGACUCCAGGAUGAAGUUUUCAUAAUUUAUUUCAUGCAUCUUUGAUCACUUUUUCAUAUUUUUUGUCACAGGGCAAACAGAAGCACACUGUUUUCUUUUGAUAAUUGGUUACAUGAGCGCUGUUAGGACAGCUUACAUCCUAGUCUUGUGCGUCUGUACUCAUUCAUUUGCACUGUUUUGUUUUUGCUUUAUUUUGCACCUUACGCAGCUCUCGGUUGAAAUAAUGCCUUUUAGGGAUCUAAUAUCACUUUCAAUAUCACUAGUAUGCGUAUAUUGGGAGCGUAACAUUGACUUGAAGCACCAGCUAUAGCCCUUAUCAGCUCAAAACUGCUGAUUAAUAUUUUCUGCACAAUUAUUAUUCUUUUUUUUAAGACUCUGGCUUUGUUCACACAGCACACCGUUCAGUCUUUAGGACUGUCUGUCUGUCUUAUUCUAAAAGUACAUUUGUUCAAAUUGUGUACGUCAGGUUUUGAUCUUGUUAACAGUUUUUAAUGAUAAUAAUAAUAAAUGUUACCCUAAAAGCAUAUUAGAAUGCUUUCACUGAACAGCUUUAGCAUCCAUGGGAUAUUUUUCAAAAAUGUACCAAAACUGAAAUUAGUAUGUUGCUGCAGUAUUCGACAAUAUUAAUGUUUUUACUGUAUUUUUGCUAAAGACGGCCUUUUUUGAACGGUAGUGCAUUUAAAAGUGUCUGUCUGAACAAAGCCUUUGAACCCACGUUUUUUUUAUGCGUCAUAAUUAAGGGCAAAUUUUAUGUAAGAGAACGUUCAAAUAAGGCCAAGUGUUCGAUUUCUAGCAUUCUAGCUCAGUGUGUCACUUUAGCACAUUCCAGUCUAUAACAGAUCCCUCCAGAUGUUGAACUAUUCCCGAGGGAUGUAUAUUAGAUGUUUAGAGGGUUGGGAACUAUUGCUUCUGUGUCUUACGAAACGUAAUGCCACUUCAAGUGCUUCAUUAGUUCCUGUGACUCUAGCUGCUCGUUGCUCUGGUGGUUAAUGUACUGUACGUCAGAACUUUUCUUCAUCCUUUUUGUUUUCUUCGUCAAGAGAAUAUUAAAUGUACAAUUUGGUUUUGAUGAAUUUAGAGGGGGAAAAAAAAAAUGUCGAAUGCAAGGAAAUGUUCAAUAAACGAAUGAAGGCUAUGAAGUUGA